AUGUGGUCCGCGGCUUGGCUUCUGUUGGGUGCCAUCAUCAGUGUUGCUUCCCAGGAAACGGGGAACCACCCGGACUGGCUGAGAUGGUGCGGUAAAGUCUAUAAACCAGAAUAUCCCUCCUUUGAUCCCGGUGGCCAAACACUUCCACCGACACCAGACCCUCAAGCGCCUCUCCUUCACAUUCAGUUCAAGCCCCGAUACAGCCUCUACCUGUCAAGCGAGACCCAAGGCGAAUUCAUCGUCAACGCCGAGAUCUCCCAGUUCCACGGGACUCACUGGAGCAGUAACAACACCUCCAACAAUGUUGAAUUCCAAAUCAGAACAACCACAGACGACAAGGUCUUGGUCAAAGAUUCCGUCCUCCUCAACUCAACCGGCACCCUAUUCACCUUUAACCUCACCGACCUAGGCGCCCCCAGCCUCUCGCCCAUCGAAGUUACCCUCACCUACACAGGAUCAUCAGAUCCGUCAGCAUCCCUCAAAACAACCCUCCUCUACCUCCCCACCAAAACCUCCGGGAGCAUCACCAGAAUCGACAACCUAACCGGCGGCCUCCACCACCUCAACGCCUUCACCAACCACACCUUCCACCCCAUCUUCCCCUACGGUUUCUACGCCUCCUACGACACCUUCCUCGGCCUCCCAGGCAACUCCUCUUUACCCGCAAUCCAGUCCUACUUCGACCAAGGUCUAACAGCCAUGGUCCCGCUCUCCCAUCACCCCGAAUCAACCCCCGCCUUCGCCUACCUAGACUCCCUAAACCUGCACUACAUGUUCGACCUACGCGAGAACUACACCAACCAAUCCUGGGUCUCCUCGCAAGUCUCCUUAGCAGCAAAAGAUAGCUCGGCUUUAUUCGCGUACUGGUCCGUAGAUGAACCAGAUGGUUGGCAGGCGCCCUUUUCUGCUCCCCUGGAGACCUAUAACACAAUAAUGAAGAUAGACCCGUACCACCCCGUUGCAGUGGUUCUCAACUGCCAGAAUUUUUAUUUUCAGGAAUAUUCGCAAGGGGCAGAUAUUCUCAUGGCAGAUAUCUACCCCAUCGGCACGCGCGAGAGUUCUGCUAAUUUGACCAGUUCCAAAUGGGGAACGCCGUGUAACACAACCUACGGUGAUUGCGGGUGCGAUAAUUGUUUUGGGUCGGUCGUUGAUGUUAGCAGUCGGUUUGAGGAUUUGAAUAAGUAUGAAAAAUGGUUGGGAAUGUGGCCAAAGACAAAAAUGUUUAAUCCCCAGGCUUUUCAUGGGGAGGGAUACUGGGCUAGAGAUCCCACAGAGGAAGAAAGUUGGGUGAUGGUGUUGUUGGCGGUUAAUAGGGGGGCUAAAGGGGUUUUGAGCUGGGUGUGGCCGGCUAGUGAAGCUUUGGGGAAGGCGCAUGGGAGGUUGGCGAGGGUUGUUAGUGGGGAUGAGGAGGUUGUGAAGUUUUUGGUGGAGGGGAGGGGACCGACUUUUGUUAAUGUGGUGGGCAAGGAUGGGAUUAAGGGGAUUGAUGCGGCGGGUUGGGUGAUGGAGAAGGACGGGGGAGGGGAGAAGAUGUUGGUUAGUGUGGUUAAUACGGGGGAGGAAGGAGUGGAAGGGGUGGUGGGGUUGGAGGUGCCGGUGGGAAGUAAGGUUGGGAAGGUAGUUUGGGAUGAAAGUGGUGGUGGUGAUGGGGGGUGGGAGGUCAAGGAGGGGAAGUUGACGAAGAAUGGUAUAAAAGGGAUGGGAACGGCGUUGGUGAUUUUGGAGUUGAGUGGAUGA